AUGACGAUACGCCGACUCAUCGACGCUCAUUGCCACCUACACGACGAUCGCCUGGGGUCUCCAAGCUCUCCGUCGAGCCGUCAACGACUCAAAGGUGUGCUCGCAAGGGCUCGUGUAGCCCACCUGAGCCACGUCGUGUCUUGUGCCACGCACGAACACGAUUGGCACGUCUUACAGCAGCUCAUGGAGCAACAACGGGCAAUGAGCGACCGCUCGUUGGUGAUUGUACCAGCUUUUGGGCUGCACCCCUGGUGGGCACUAGACCUGACAUCUAGAACGACAGACACCUUAGCGUCACUGCGCGACAUGUUGACACUGUACCCAAGCGCAAGUGUGGGGGAAAUCGGACUGUGUAAAAGCGCUCGAGGACAAACAGUGCCACUAGAUGUGCAAGUGAAAGUGUUCCAAGCACAGCUGCAGCUGGCGGUGGAGCUAGAAAGAACCUGUGUGGUGCAUUGCGUGGGCUACUACGGCAAGUUGCUAGAGGUCCUACUUGGAGCUACACCACAAUUGCCCCCAGUUCUCGUGCUGCACUCCUACAGCGGAUCGCCAGAUAUGAUGCGAUCUUUUCUUGCGCUACGCAAUACCAGAGUCUUUAUCUCGCUGAACGCCAAGCAGUUGACGGACCCGCGGAUGAAAAAGGCCGCUACUUGUUGCAAGGAAUCACCACUUGGGGCACUGCUGCUCGAAACUGACGCCCCGGAUCAAGCACCUUCAGUGGAAAUUGUAGAACAGGCGUUUACCCAGGCAGAUGAAGGACCACUGGUGCUGCAAGAGGGCUCAGCAGGUGUCAACGAACCUGCGCUUGUCAAACUUGCGCUGCAAGGCGCGGCAAAGAUCCGAGGCGUAACGCUGGACGAAGUAGCUGCAGCAGUGUAUCGAAAUUGCAUGGACGCGUUUGGCCUUGACGAAGCGAAAGCACAGUGA